CCCAGCCGCGGACGAUGCCGCCGAGGAGGAGGCGGCGGCGGCGGCGCGCUCGGGCGGUGUGAAGCGGCGGCGGGCUGCCACGGGCGGGCGGCGUCAUGAGCGGGGCGGCUGCCCCCGGCUCGGGGCUGUGAGGAGCUCGGGGCCGGGGGUGGGCGGCGGCGGCGGCGCGGCGGGCGGAGGGCGCUCCUCGGCGGCGGCGGCCAUGCGCGGGGCGGCGGGGCGGCGGGGCCGGGGCCGGGGCCGCCUCCUCCUCCCGGGGGCCCCGCCGCCGCCGCUGCUGCUGCUGCUGGCGCUGCUGCCCCUGCUGCCCGCGCCCCGCGCCGCCGCCCCGGCCCCGUGGCCUCCGGCGCUGCCUCCCGCGGCCGCGGGGCCCAGCGUGAGCCUGUACCUGAGCGAGGACGAGGUGCGCCGGCUGCUGGGUCUUGAUGCGGAACUUUAUUACGUGAGAAAUGACCUUAUCAGUCACUAUGCUCUUUCCUUUAACCUGUUAGUACCCAGUGAAACAAAUUUCCUGCACUUCACUUGGCAUGCAAAGUCCAAGGUUGAAUAUAAGCUGGGAUUCCAAGUAGACAAUUUUGUGGCUAUGGACAUGCCCCAGGUCAACAUUUCUGCUCAGGGGGAAGUUCCACGUACUUUAUCAGUGUUUCGGGUCGAGCUUUCCUGUACUGGCAAAGUAGAUUCUGAGGUUAUGAUACUUAUGCAACUCAACUUGACAGUAAAUUCUUCAAAAAAUUUUACAGUCUUAAAUUUUAAAAGAAGGAAAAUGUGCCACAAAAAGCUUGAAGAAGUAAAAACUUCACCUUUGGACAAAAACACUAGCAGAACUAUUUAUGAUCCUGUACAUGCAGCUCCAACCACUUCCACACGCGUGUUUUAUAUCAGUGUAGGGGUUUGCUGUGCAGUAAUAUUUCUUGUAGCAAUAAUAUUAGCUGUUUUGCACCUUCAUAGUAUGAAAAGGAUCGAACUGGAUGACAGCAUCAGUGCCAGCAGUAGCUCCCAAGGACUUUCGCAACCAUCUACCCAGACGACUCAGUAUCUGAGAGCUGAUACACCCAACAAUGCAACUCCUAUCACCAGCUCCUCAGGUUAUCCUACCUUGCGGAUAGAGAAGAAUGACCUAAGAAGUGUCACCCUUUUGGAGGCCAAAGCCAAGGUGAAGGAUAUAGCAAUAUCCAGGGAGAGAAUAACUCUAAAAGAUGUACUUCAAGAAGGUACCUUUGGGCGUAUUUUUCAUGGGAUUUUAAUAGAUGAAAAAGAUCCAAAUAAAGAAAAACAAGCAUUUGUAAAAACAGUUAAAGAUCAAGCUUCUGAAAUCCAGGUGACAAUGAUGCUCACUGAAAGUUGCAAGCUUCGAGGUCUUCAUCACAGAAAUCUUCUUCCUAUAACCCACGUGUGCAUAGAAGAAGGAGAAAAGCCCAUGGUGGUCUUGCCGUACAUGAAUUGGGGGAAUCUGAAGUUGUUUUUACGGCAGUGCAAACUAGUAGAGGCCAAUAAUCCUCAGGCAAUUUCUCAGCAAGACCUGGUGCACAUGGCUAUUCAGAUUGCCUGUGGGAUGAGCUAUCUGGCCAGAAGGGAAGUCAUCCACAAAGACCUGGCUGCUAGGAACUGUGUCAUUGAUGAUACACUACAAGUUAAGAUCACAGACAAUGCCCUCUCCAGAGACUUGUUCCCCAUGGAUUAUCACUGUCUGGGAGACAAUGAAAACAGGCCUGUUCGGUGGAUGGCUCUUGAAAGUCUGGUGAAUAAUGAGUUCUCCAGUGCCAGUGAUGUGUGGGCCUUUGGAGUGGCGCUGUGGGAGCUCAUGACUCUGGGCCAAACGCCCUACGUGGACAUCGACCCCUUCGAGAUGGCAGCGUACCUGAAAGAUGGCUAUCGGAUAGCCCAGCCCAUCAAUUGUCCGGAUGAACUGUUUGCUGUGAUGGCUUGUUGCUGGGCCUUAGACCCAGAGGAGAGGCCCAAGUUCCAGCAGCUGGUCCAGUGCCUCACAGAGUUUCACGCAGCCCUGGGGGCCUAUGUCUGAGGAACCUCCCUCCCCACAGCAUCAGCAGGUGCCUGUCACUGCUCAGUUGGGGCCAAUCAUGGACGCCUUGGAUGCCUUGUACACCUCGCACAGCCAGCAGAAGCACGUCUGUCUUCCGGAGCACCGUGCCUUAGAAAUGCUUUCAAAUUGGAACUUCGUUUUUUAAAGAAAAAAACUGACUUAAUAAUGUGGAGUAUUUUCUAGAUACCACUUUUAUUAGGUUGAACUGAAAAAAAAAAAAAGGUAUUAUAAAGUUUUGGGGCCAGAAACUUUUUAAAAGAUAGUUACUUUGGACUAGGUACAUUCUUUACAAAAUAAAUGAUUUUUUAAAUUGUUUAAACACAGAUAUUUUUGAAUAGCUAUCAUAGUGCCAGCUGCUUUUUAUUUUUUUACUUCAUCAAGGUAAUGUAGGUGAUUCACCUUUAAAGUUUUUUUCCCCCCUAAUAUUUAUCAAUAGUCUUGGAAAUGGUUUGUCCUAAAGAUGCAGUACUUUUUUUUUUUUUUUUUUGUAGUAAAUAAAAAGAACACAAAAGGAUGUCUGGUUUGCCUUGCAAGGAAAGGCAAAAUUGGGAGAAAAAAACUUAAAAGCUAGGGAAUAGAAAAGGAAAAAAAAUCAUCGUACAUAAACAAACUGCCCUUCUCUGGAAUUCGUUUCAUUUUCAUUCUUUUAAUGAAAAGGAGUCAUGCUUUCAUAUUUUAGAGAAAGUAGGGAAGAGAAAAAAAAUCUUAAACUUGGUAGAAAUAAACUUUUCUGUGAGCCAGAAUGGAUUUGGGGCAGGUCCGCAGUGAAUGAUGUAAUUUUAUUUAUUUUUUACUCUCUGGAAAAGGAGCUAAUACAAUUCCAGAAAGUGAAGUCAAGCUUGUAAGGUUAAGAGUCCCUUUUUCCUCACACCUAGUAUAGUGCUAUGCACAGAGCAGGUGCUGGGGUCACUGUGGGUGAAAAUGUGUACAGGUAGAUCGUGUGCUUAUUUCCAAGGCUGGCUUAAGUAAGAAAUUGUUUUUUUAAAAAACACUUGAAGAAUUAAAGGAUUUGUUUUAUAUCAUG